AGCAUGAGUCCUGCCCACCCUUUUUCUGCCAGCCUGCAGUCUCCACUAGCUCCUCUCCCUCUCUCACCCGCCUGUCCCUCCGGGCUGCUCAGGCGCCACCACUACUGUCCCCAACCCGCCCCGCCAGCCUGAGCAAAGGGCAGCGUGACUCACGGCGGCGGCAGCGCUGCCACCAGCCCACGGCUUGCCCGAGGCAUAUAAAGGCCGCCCGGCGGGCCGCGGCGAUUCCUGCCCGGCCCGAGGCGCGCAGAGCAUGGCCAGGGGCGCGGAGCGAGGUCGCGGGGACGCCGGCUGGGGGCUGCGGGGCGCUCUGGCGGCGGUGGCGCUGCUCUCGGCGCUCAAUGCCGCUGGCACGGUGUUCGCGCUGUGCCAGUGGCGCGGGCUGAGCGCGGCGGUGCGGGCGCUGGAGGCUCAGCAGGGCCGGGAGCAGCGCGAGGACAGCGCCCUGCGCUCCUUCCUGGCCGAGUUGAGUCGCGCUCGGCGCAAGGCGCCGGCUCCUCCCCCGGACCCCGCAAGCGCCGCGCGCAAUAAGCGCAGCCACGGCGGGGAGCCCGCGCCGCACAUCCGCGCAGAGAGCCACGACAUGCUGAUGAUGAUGACCUACUCCAUGGUGCCGAUCCGAGUGAUGGUGGAUCUAUGUAACAGCACCAAGGGCAUCUGCCUGACAGGACCACCUGGCCCACCAGGACCUCCGGGAGUUGGUGGGUUACCAGGACACAAUGGAUCAGAUGGACAGCCUGGUCCCCAGGGCCCAAAAGGAGAAAAAGGAGCAACUGGAAAAAGAGGAAAAAUGGGGCCACCUGGAGCCACAGGAACUCCAGGGGAAAAGGGAGACCCUGGUGAGCUGGGUUUGACUGGAAAUGAGGGCCCACCAGGGCCAAAGGGGGACAAAGGAGACAAAGGGGAUGUGUCCAAUGAUGUGCUCCCCACAGGUGCCAAAGGUGACCAAGGCCCACCUGGCCCGCCUGGCCCACCUGGGCCCCCAGGCCCUCCAGGUCCCCCAGGACCCCCUGGAAGCAGAAGAUCUAAGGGCCUACGGCAGCCAAACAUGUUCAAUGGCCAGUGCCCAGGGGAGACAUGCGCCAUACCAAAUGAUGAUACCUUGGUUGGAAAAGCUGAUGAGAAAGGUGGGGAACACCAUUCUCCACAAGCAGAAUCCAUGAUCGCUUCCAUUGGAAAUCCAACACAAGUACUGAAAGUUAAAGAGACAUUUGGGACUUGGAUAAGAGAGUCUGCUAACAAGAGUGAUGAGCGGAUCUGGGUGACUGAACAUUUCUCAGGCAUCAGGGUGAAGGAAUUCAAAGACCAACCCUCCCUGUUGAAUGGCAGUUACACUCUCGUGCAUCUCCCAUAUUAUUUCCAUGGCUGCGGGCAUGCCGUUCACAACAACUGUCUCUACUACCACAAAGGAGGCUCCAACACCAUAGUGAGAUUUGAAUUUGGCAAAGAAACAUCCCAAACUCUGAAACUUGAAAAUGCCCUGUAUUUUGAUCGAAAAUACCUCUUUGCAAAUUCCAAGACUUACUUCAAUUUAGCUGUGGAUGAAAAGGGUCUUUGGAUUAUCUAUGCUUCAAGUGUGGAUGGCUCAAGCAUUCUUGUCGCCCAGUUGGAUGAGAGGACAUUCUCUGUGGUGCAACACAUUAAUACCACAUACCCCAAGACCAAGGCCGGUAACGCCUUCAUUGCCCAAGGGAUCCUUUAUGUCACGGACACCAAAGAUCUGAGGAUAACAUUUGCCUUUGAUUUGUUAGGAGGGAAACAGAUCAAUGCAAACUUUAAUUUAAGAACUUCCCAGUCUGUUCUUGCCAUGUUAUCCUACAAUAUGAGAGACCAGCAUUUAUAUUCAUGGGAAGAUGGUCAUUUAAUGCUUUAUCCUGUGCGGUUUUUGUCAGCUACAAUAAACCAGUGAUGAGAUGCAUUCUGUU